CGUCCUCCUAAAAAUCCAUAAUGGAUCUCCCUAUUAUUUCCCCCCCAAUUACACACAAACCACCACUCACGCCUCCAACGCCGCUGCGCCGUAUGCUCCUCGUAACAGCGCCCAUUGCAAGCGUGAUGCCAGUACACCACGGCAGAGAGGGACAUGGGUCGCUUUACAUUCGUUCUCUUUCGUACUAUUAGACCAACCAUUGAUAUGUCGAUCGUCCGUUGGCUACCGACCACCUUCUAGAAAAGUCAUCCCAUCCCAUCUAUAAAAGAAGCGCCCCCCCAUUCAUUUCCUUCUUCGUGUGUACUAGGUAUUAUUUACGUAUAUCUUGUUGUAAGGCUGUCCAUCUCUCGCAAAGGAUCCAUCGGUUUAACUCGCCUAUUCGAUCCGUUCGUUCGUUACCAAAGGUACCCAAAAUAUAUCUAAAAAAGACGGCAAAAAUGGCACCUCUUCGUGUUCUCGCACUACCCACCUUCGCGGCGCUAGCUGCGGCUAUUAGCAUCUCGGACUACGUCCCGUCUUGCGGACCACCUUGUAUCACGGACUCUGUAUCGCAGCACACCACCUGCGACUCAGGCGACAACGCUUGCAUUUGCGCUUCCGUCUACACUAUAAAGCGGGAUGGUGAGGUGUGCCUCCGAGGCGCCUGCUCCACCACCGACUAUGGCAGUGUCAUGAGCGGCAUCGACGCUUUCUGCAAGGCCGUCUCUUCGGGACCGACCAGCAGCCCCACUUCCACUUCUACUAGCACCACCGCUGCCCCAAGCACCUACCCUACGAGCACUGAGUCGCCCUCAACUACUCCUCCCAUCGGCACAUCUACAUCGGAGACGCCUACUUCCACUGACACCGGAUCCAGCUAUCCCACCUCAGCCCCCUCCAGCUCCGGGACCAGCUCCGGCUCCGAGUCCAGCACUGGAUACCCGUCAUCGAUUCCCAGCUCCUCUUCGGAAACUGGCUACCCUACCUCUUCUCCCAGCGCCCCCGGCAGCUCUUCGUCUCCCGGUUCCCCAGGCACUUCGGGAUCUGCUACCCCUUACCCUACCUCUGGCGGCUCUACCCCUACCACCAGCGCCCCCUCGGGCUUCACUUCCUCAUCGCCCACAGCCUCGGCCAGCGCAAGCGCGAGCGCCAGCCCGUCCCCUGUCCCGGGCGCCGGCUCCCGAGCCGAUGCGCGCGUCGGAGCGGGCAUCGCCGCUCUCUUCGCCGUCAGCGGUUUCUUCUACCUUGCUUUGUAAGCCGGCACUGGGUUACUUGGGUAUGAGUGAUGAUGUGAGUCGCGGGUUCGGGUUUGACGGUUCUUGGAUUAAUGGAAUACCUCUACUAUACGAGAGGACUUUUUAAGAUUGCAAACUUGUAGAUAGUUCUUUUUUUAUGCGUGCACUUUAGCAUGCCGGUACAUAUUGAAUACAUACAUAUAUAUUUAUAUAGAU